AUGCCUUCCGCGAGUCAACCUACACGCGAUACGGAGGACCGAAGUCUCCAAAUCGCUCCCAAAGCAGCGCCCUAUUUUGAGGGUACUGGUACUCUCUAUCUCUGUGAAGGUGGCGAAAGCAAGCGAAUCUUUCUUCUGACCGCUCGCCAUGUCACCCUUCCACCGAGGGAGCAUCACAACGAGCUCUACCGUCGCAAAUAUAUGGGUAUGCCUCAUCACGAUAUUCUCCAUCUCGGCCGGGGCUCUUUCCAAAACGCCCUAGAUUCUAUUCAAGAGAAUGUUGAACUCUCUGCCAACCUCACUGACUCCUAUAGAGACAUACUAAAGCACUUGGGAGAGUACGUCCAAGGGGAGGAUCCAACGAUCACUUCUCGCCGGCGUAAGAAUGAGUUCCAGUUCGAAGACUCAAAAACCUGGAAUGAAAGUGUAACCGAAUUCCAAUACCGCAUCGGCAAGUCCCGGAGCGACGAGAGUCAGCGCGUUUUGGGACAUGUCCUCUAUUCGCCUCCAGUCUCCAUCAAUACCGAUGAGGAUACAACCAUCGAAUACUGGGCCCUCAUUGAGCUUGAUCGAAGCAAGUUUGAUUGGGAAAUUUUUAGGGGAAAUGGGAUUCCUCUCGAGCUUUGUCAAACACGAAGAGCUGCAACAUCCACUAUUCUGGACGAAAAGGGCGACCCAUGUAUUAUAGUGAUCAAGAAUGGGGCUACCACUGGUCUCACCCUUGGCCGCGUGACCGGUAUUAAAUCGUUUGUUCACGUUUACAAAGAUUACGCCAUCGAGUCGACAUUUAUGGAGAUGCCUGUCUACUCUUUUGAGGAAAAGGCUACCUUUUCCGCGCCUGGGGAUUCUGGCUCUGUCGUCGCAGAUGGCAAUGGUCGCAUCGUGGGCAUGCUCACGGGCGGCUGUGGAAGAACAGACUUGACCGACGUUUCAUACGUGACGCCAUAUUACUUCCUCGAAGAACGUAUCAAAAAGGCCUUUCCCCAACUCUCAUCUCUUUCCGACUCGUGA